AAUGUCUAGAUUUGAGAUAUGUUUCAUAUUUUUAAUAGUACUCAGUGUAAUUAUUUUGAGCCUUAAUACUUUUCGACUUUUUCAGAUUUUAUCAUCAUCCACAUAUAAUACUGAGGAACUUCCAAUAACUUUUAUAUCAACAAGUAUUUCUUUUAUAUACAUGUUCUUAGCCAACUUCAUCGGACAAGAAAUUACAGAUCAUUAUGAUCUCAUAUUUGCCACUGCAUACGAAGUUCAGUGGUACAUAACUCCUCUAUACAUACAAAACUUCAUAUUAUUUCUAUUGCUAAGAGGCAACAAGUCUUUUAGUCUGAAGUUUGGUGGAUUGUUUGUAGCGUCCUUACCGUUUUUUGCUACGCUAGCAAACGCAUCCUUGUCUUAUUUUAUUGUCAUCUAUUCUACGCGAUAAUGACGGAGAGAGGUACGUUUCGAU